AUGCGGAAUUCCGCGUGCAUCCUAUACGUUCUCUGCGGGCUGCUAGCAGCAGCAUCGCCAAUCGUGGUGGCAGCAUCAGAGAAAGAAUCUGACGCAGAGCCGAAGGACUUAAGGGUUCAGGAGGACUCCGAAGCUAGAUCUACGCUUCCAGCAGAGACCAUCAUGCCGAUCGCGUCCCCUAGGUCCCCCCGUCGGGGGCUUUCCACGAAGGCAUUUGCUUUUGCGGCUGCACUGGGUGCUUUGGUGCUCAUGGUCGCAGCAGGGGUCACAGUUUCUAUGAGGCGGGAGGCCCCUGGCCCCCCACCUGUGCCUUUGCCGGAAGAACAACCUCCGCCACCCCCUCAACAACCAGAAGAGCUCCCGGAAGUUCUUGCACGCAAGCUUCUUCUUCCAGAGGGCCCAGACAAAACAGCUGCGGCUCGCUUGGUUGGGGCUUUUUUCAAGUAUCUUGACGACAUAGAAAUGCCUAACUCCGUCUUCUCCCCCGUGUCCGUUCUCUCGGUGUUAUCGGUUGUUGCAGAAGGGGCCUCCUGGCCUGUGGAAGAAAGACUGCGCGGAUGGAUCACUGAACCUGCAGUCUACACGCUUCCGGAGGAUCUAGAGGGCUGGCCACACAGGGAUGCCCUCAAGGCGCUGCAGGAUUACUAUGGACCAGAAUCCCCCGUCAUCGACAUGAUAGCCGAGUUGUGCGUGGAUGAAGACAUACGCGACACCCCAGGAUUUGCCGCUUUCGAGAAACGCGUUUCCGAUCGCCUCGGAUACUCCCCGAUUAGAUCUAUGGAUUUUACGCAGGUUGUUCGAACAACGAGCAAGAUUAACGCGAGAGUAAAAACGGUCACAAGGGGGAAAAUAGAAGAAUUUUUACAUGCACCUAUGCUCGUCGGAGCCUCCCUCGUCCUAGUUAACGCCUUUUAUAUGAAGUCGGAGUGGGCUUCAACCUUUCUGCCUGAACUCACAAGGCAAGGGACUUUCAAAGCAUCUACCCCAUUUGGUGUGACAAACAAGCGGGCGAAGUUCAUGGAGCAGGUGCUAAAGCCUGGGUCGUAUCACAUUUACCAGGAAGAGGGAGUAACAGUCCUAGGCCUACCAUACAAAUACCCCGGAGCGGCCAUGUACAUUUACCUACCAGAAGACGCGGAAGAAUUUCGCAUUAAAAUCAAUGAAGACCCUACUCAUCUCAGUAGGCUCGUUGCAAAAGCUCGUGAAGCUUCUGUUUCAGGAACAGGUUCCUCUGCAGCAACCACGCCACUGAAGCUGCGUCUUCCAAAGUUUCAUCUCAAGACCUAUAAAAAUAAAGUAGGUUUAAGUGAUUUGUUAGGUAAUCUGGGACUCGGCGAAUUCCUGCUAUGGGAACAAAGCAUUGCGAACUUGGGGUUGCCACCUGGGGGACGGGUGACGGGCAUUUUUCAUCAAGCGGAUCUGCAGAUUGACGAGGAAGGGACAGAAGCAGCAGCAGCAACAGUUGCGAUGCAGCCAGAGCCAGUCUCUUCAUCUCCAGAUGCUAUUGAGCUGUCGGUUGACCGGACCUUCUUCUUUGAAGUGAGACUGGAACGGGGACCAAGUGCGGAGCAGGAUCUUACUCUCCUCGCAGGAAAAAUCUCCGAUCCCAGUCUUCUACAGUGA